AUGGCAGCACAGUUUGCAAGGAAAAGGCGUACGAGCAAGCUGGAGAGGGAGGAGGUGGAAGGGUCUGUCGAAGAUGCAUCGAAGCGACGUGGAAAUAUUGCUGCUGCUAUCGGCGAGCGACGACAGGAGGAUGCUAUAGUUUCACCGGUCCCGUUUUCGGCUGUGGUAAUUUUUCUGUCAUUUUUUUGGUUGAAAUUAGUGCCUCUGCUUUUGAAAGAUCAACCACGUAAAGCCGUGUCAAUGGAUAAUGAUGCAUGUUUCAAGCACCAAAUGUCACAAAUCUUCACAUUUUGGUUUCGACUCCGACAUGUAGUGCAAGAACUGUAG